AUGUCAGCAUCCUCCUGUGCCCCUGGCGGGGCUGCGUUAACUGCUGCGGACGAGGCUUUUCUUUCCUACGACUGGGGAAAGAGUGCCAAAUGGCAGGCAUAUCUGGACAGUUUGUAUCCAACCCCACCGCUAAGCAAGAUGCUCAAAUGGAAGAAGAAGUUCUUCAAGACACAUGAGAAUCCAGACUUUGACCCCGAUUCACCAGCCCUCGAGGCUGCCUUGGAUGAAACCAGCCGUUCGAGCGCGUCGGCGUCACGCUCUCAGGCGCCGGCGUCGAUGAGUUCUAGCGGAAGUGCGCCAGCGGGCGCCUCUUACGCCCAGUACGCCUCAGGUUACACGUCUCCGGCGCGGACGUCCAUGCUGCGUUCGAAAAUCCUUCCGCCUGUGUGCGCUCUCAGCCUCAUCGUCGGCCUGCUGCUCUCCCUGCUGGCAGUGUUUGCAACUCUGCGGGGCUCCGACUCCAACAGCCGUCCCGGCCUCCCGGGGUCCCUCAUCCUCGCUACAUCUUUCCUUCUUCACCUGUACAUCGUGAUGGGAGCUCCCCCAAUCCGCUUCUCGAAUUUCUCUGAGUCGGUCAGCUCGAGUCUCCCUACCUACAUCCAGCACGCGAUUCACCAGGAUUCGGUCCACGCCUUGCUGUACCUGAUCUUCACCGCAGCGAUGCCCCCCUCUCUGCCGGCUUUUCUCUCCCCAGCGGUCUCAGCUGUUCUCAUUUUCUCCACGCUCAUGUCGACGGGAGACGGCAUCCCGCCCUUCGUUCGCAACAACGCCCUGGUGCGCAAGCUCGUCGGCAGUGUGCAAGGAAACAGGAUGCUGCUGAUGCAGCAGCGGGCCGAUGUGGAAGUCUUUUUCGGUGUUUUCUUCAUCGUGGCCCGGAUCUUGACGCUCAACUUCUCUCUUGCUAACAGCAUUCUCCCUGCGUUCCUUUACUUCCAUCUCUUCAGACUUCGGUAUUCUUCAUGCGGCUUCACCCACACCACCUUCCGCAGAAUCGAUGCCUUCAUUUCCCGACUGGUCUUCAAACCGGCGUGCCCGCCAUUUGUCGGGUCUUUCUAUCGCCGGAUUCAGGGAAUAUGCAAGGCCCUUGUGGAGCCUCAAGUCCCGUCAGCAGGCUCAGCAGCCCAACAGCGCUGCGUCAUCCAAUGA